AUGGAUGGCAUUAAUAAAUAUAAUGAAUUUGUGGCGUUGCACAAAUCGCAGCUGGAGUCGUCAGCAGUGCCGCUGCACUUGUGGCCCGCGCUAUAUCGCAAGCUGACCACGGAUCAUUUUGAUGCUGGUGAAGUCCUGCAACUGCUGCUGAUUGACUAUGAGGAUGAGGAAGGGUCAUCGUCGGUAAAUGAGGUUAACGAUGAUGAUGCCAAGCCGGUGUUUGCGCUGGAGGUAGCACACGAGCAGGGCAUUAAGGCAAACGAUCCCCAGGCAAUUUAUCUAAUAGACCAUGCCUGGACUUUUCGUCUACCCAGCGCUAGGCAACAAUUGGAGCAAUAUCCGCAGCUGACGGAUCGCAUGUGCGCCAUUACCGGUGUGGAUCUGGAACAUGAGCAGCGCAUUGACAAGGUAUUGCGACGCUUGUGGAAAUACUGUCAUGCUUAUUCCAUUGCUAGCGCGGACUUGAGCGAUGAAGAGCGUCAACCUAUUUGGUAUGUAAUGGAUGAAGUUGGCUCCGCUGUAAAUCACUCGGAUGAGCCCAACUUCAGAGUGGUGCCGCUGCUUUAUUUGAAUACGCAGACUACGUACAGCUUGCUGUUUCCCAUAAAGGACUGUGAGCAGGGUGAACAAGUGUGCAGAGAUUUCGUAGAAUAUGUGGACAAAGAUGCGCCGCAACGAACAGCGCUGCUGCUGCCUUGGCGUGAGGCAGAUCUAAGCUCUGAGAGUUUUCUGCAGGUUGAGCCUGCAGCUGACUAUUUCACUAGCGGCCACAUACCCGAAACGCAUCCCGAACAAGAAGUUUGCCAAAGCCUGGCACAGCGCUGUGAUCCGUUAAAGGUUUAUGCGGAAUACGAAGUGCUGCGUGCGCAUUUAACAGCACCAGAGUUUGUGCUUGUGGACGAUGCUGCAGAGGCGGAUAUACUUUGGCUAACAACGCAUUAUAAAAAGUACGCUGAGCUAUCGGAGACGCCGCAUAAGUUCAUUAACCAGUUUCCCUUUGAGUAUGUUAUAACCAUUAAAGAUCUGCUGAGCAUUGUGGGUAGACGCGCCGCCUUGGAGCAUCAUGAUGCGAAUACUUUGGAAACUCAGCCCGCCUGGCUGCCCACUACUUAUAAUCUAAGUACAGAGCUGCGCGAGUUUGUGGCCUACUAUCAGCAACGUGCGGCACGCCAGCUGGAUAACCAUUGGAUCAUCAAGCCUUGGAAUCUAGCCAGAGGCUUGGAUACGCAUAUAACCAACAAUCUGAAGCAAAUAGUGCGUCUGCCUGCCACAGGACCAAAAAUAGCGCAGAAAUAUAUUGAACGUCCUGUGCUGUUUCAGCGUGAGGCGCUGCAGGCACAGGUCAAGUUUGAUAUACGCUAUGUUAUACUGCUAAAGCGUGUAAAGCCAUUGGAAGCCUAUGUGCAUCGAAAGUUCUUUUUGCGCUUUGCCAACCGCGCCUUUAGCAUGGAUAACUUUGACGACUAUGAGAAACACUACACUGUAAUGAACUAUCAAGCGCCGGAGCAACUGCAUCAUCUUAAAUGCGAUGAUUUCUUGGAGCAAUGGCAGCAGCAGUAUCCAAAGCAGCAGUGGGAUGCGCUUGAGCAAGAAAUCUGCGCCAUGUUGCAUCAAUUGUUGAAGUGUGCCUGCCAAGCGCCGCCACCUUGUGGCAUGGCGCCUUGUGGACAGUCACGCGCGCUUUAUGCAGCGGAUAUAAUGCUUGCCUGGGAUGGGCCACGCAUGCAGCCAAAGCUGUUGGAGAUUAACUGGACACCAGAUUGCAAGCGUGCGUGCGAUUAUUAUCCAGAGUUCUAUAACGAUAUAUUCAAGCUGUUGUUCCUGGACGAACCAAACAACGAAAGCUUUAGAUUGCUAACAGCUGAAGGCCUUUAA